CCCUCUUGUAAAUGCCACCUCUUUUAAUGACGACAGCACACACAUAGAUCUAGUCAUUCAUAAUUUUGUUACCGGAAGAAAUUAUGUAAAUUUUAAUAAAUAUAGCAGGCAUUCUGCGUGACUGACACCCAUAGCCUGUGUGUGACAAGCCCCCUGUACACGAAAAAUAUCACACAGGGUGACACAUGGUCCACGUAACACCAAUGUAAAACCAAUCCAUCAGCGGUAACGUUACACCCGCCAAGAACUUCCCUUAUAUGUUCAGGAAUCUACUGACGCGUCAUGACGUAUUGAAGAUUUAGUCACUUGUCGAUUUAUAUUGAAACGUACACCCGGAGAAGUGACCAUUUCUCAUUCAGAAUCUGAUACGAACUUGUUGAUAUUGUGACACGAAUUUUUUCCCCGUUAAUUUUAAUUAUCUAGAAUAUAAAGACAAAAUGAAUGCAUUGACUGUGAUUUUAAUAAUUUGGAGUGUGAAUAUAAUCUACGGACAAUUUAUCCCACCUGGACUUAAUAAUCAAGGAGGCUUCCAAGUUGGUUUUCCUCCAAAUGCAGGUCCUAACCAAGGUUUUCCGCCAAAUAAUCAAGGAUUUCCUCCCAAUGGACCAAACAUUUUACCAAAUGCUGGAGGCUUCCCUCCGAACAAUGGUCCGAGAAUUUUCCCGAAUGGACCAAACAAUCCAGGAUUGACAGGAGGAUUUCCGAGGCCAUUCCGCCCCGGACAAAGACCUGGAACAGUGGUGUCAGGAAACAAUUUUAUUUACGGAACAUGCUAUUUCAAUGAGACUGGUUCCAACGUCAGAGGGCGAGUGGACGUCAGACAAGCGAGGACAGGCGGUCCCUGUCAGGUGCGUGUUCAGGUCGUAGGUCUGCCCCCAAGUCUGAUGAGUGAUACAGAACACGGAAUUCAUGUUCACGAAUAUGGUGAUCUGGGAAGAGGCUGCUAUGCCGCUGGACCUCACUACGAUUCAGACUCGUUCUCCUUCCAUGGAUCUCCUAAUAAUCUUGGAACUGGCAACAGCCAUGAAGGCGACAUGGGCAAUCUGCGACAGUCAAAUGCCGGAAUCAUUGAUGCGGAAUUGACAUUACCUCUCAUGACUUUAGCCGGGGACUUGGGAAUCGUUGGACGGGCUAUCGUGUUACAUGAGGGUCGCGAUGAUUUAGGACGAGGCGGAAAUCCAAUGAGUCUACAGACCGGAAAUGCAGGUGCUCCCAUUGCCUGUUGUACAAUAGGAUUAUCUGACGCGUCGAAUUGGAACAACCCAUUCAUUCCAAGAUCUAAUGUUGUAAGUCAGAAUGCACCAGCAGGCAAUGGUCAGUUUUCAACGCUGAAUACCCAGGGCAUGCAGUUUAACCCUAGUCCCAGAGGUCAACAGGGAACUCUACCCAGAAACACACAAAAUCAAGCAUUUCCCGGAAAUUUCCAAGGGAAGUAACUCUGACGUUCUGGUUUAAUAGAGGAUUAAGUUCAGUGAACACACGGGUACUGGUGAUUUGUUGACAACAAAGCUAUAGGAAAUAUCCUAAACAAAUGUGAUAAAGUGCAAAUGACCUUAAUUUGGUGCGCAUAGUAUGAUAUAUUGAGAGAGAGAGAGAGAGAGAGAGAGAGAGAGAGAGAGAGAGAGUAUUAUUUAUUGUUGUAUUACUUUUGAUGACUUUAAUUUUUCUACAAAUAAAAGUUUGAAUUUCACAAAAAA